CUACUAUUACAAGCUCACAAUUUUGUAGGCACGAGUGAAUAGAGGCGCUAAACAGAGAGAUUCCUCUCCAAUUUCUCUCUUAACCAGUUCAGAACUAUCGGUCACCAUGUUCAAUGUCAUACAAAUAGCGCCUUUUACUUUCUAGAGCCGGCACCGCGCUUCUCGACUCCUCGCUGCGUCACUUGUCCUACUCCUAAUUUUUAGAUUUCUUGAUUUUCGGGCGCGAGAUAUUGGAGAUACAGAUCGGCGUUGACGCUCAUUGAUUUGAAGAUCCACGUUGCAGGCUUGCAGCUGAGCGAUUUCUCGUUAUUUAUUUUGAUAUUUUUGCUUCUUUGACUCGGCGCGGUGAAACUGUGUUAGAAAAAGGGGCGGCAAUCCAGGAUUAGAAGGUUUGAUUGAUGAAAGAUCCUUUAUUUCAGGGUUGUGGUUCUUCAAAAUGCGAUUUUGACUGAUGGAUUUCCUUGUAAAUCUCCUUUUAUGAACCUUCUGGAAUAUUAUGUGUUGAAUUUAAGUUUUGGCUAUCUCCACUCCCGAUUUCUUAGAUUUGCAGUCACUGUACCUUGAGUUCUUCGAUCGGAGAUUCUUUCGGAUUUGCUCUUGAUUGCUCGGAGGUGAUUUUAAGGUUUCGUUAAUUUUGCUGGAGUGGAGUUUGUGGGAGCUUUCGGCCCUUUUGCAGCUUUUUUCCUCGUUUUCUCUUUCUGGCGGAGGGAAAGUCAGAGCUAUUUUCCAAAGAGACCGCUAGGCUAUUCAAUUUAUUCUGGUAUGAGGCUACUGUAAGUCUUUCUUUGAUCUAGUUUGUCCACUGAAUCAAAGCAAGGAAAAGGGCUGUUCUUAUCUUAUGCAUAUAGGGUUUCCUGCAAUUUGCAUGUGGGUUAUGAGACAGGAACUAUGAGUGUUUUGAUUUAACUAGAGAAGAUUGGUUGAUGGGUACUCAAACAAUAGCGGCUACGGGUGGUGGUGGCAAUGGUGACGGCAUGCAGCGACCACAGAUUCAGAGCUUGUCCAGGCAAGGAUCCCUCUAUGGACUCACCCUCAAUGAAGUCCAAAGUCAGCUGGGUGAGCCCUUACAUAGUAUGAACCUUGAUGAGCUCCUCAAGAGCGUAUUCCCUGGGGAGGCAAAUCAAGGCCAAGGAAUGGACAUUGAGGGUUUCUCUCAGUAUGCUUCUAGCUCUGGCCUCCAACGUCAGGGUAGUAUCACUAUGCCGCAUUCUCUGAGCAAGAAAACAGUGGAUGACGUGUGGAGGGACAUUCAACAAGGGCGGCGGAAGAAAGGUCCUAGCAAUGAGGAUCGAAAGGUGGGACAUGGACAAGAGAGACAGCCAACUUUUGGGGAGAUGACAUUGGAGGAUUUUCUGGUUAAGGCAGGUGUAGUUGCAGAGGGUUCUGUUGUUAAGCAUAAGGACAUGAAUGUAGGUGGUAUGGUAAUCACUAAUCAGAUGGAAGGUGUUCAGGAUUAUGCUCAUGGUGCACAUUGGUUGCAUCAGUAUCACCAUAUGCCAGGUAUUGAUCAGCAGCAGGCGCAGCAGAAUGUAAUGGAUACUUACAUGCAGAGCCGAUCUACGACUAUAGGGACUCUUUCUGAUUCGCAUAUGACGGGGCGUAAACGAGCAGUUUCGGGGGACAUGGCUGAUAAGCUGGUGGAUAGGAGACAGAAAAGGAUGAUUAAAAACCGAGAAUCGGCUGCCCGAUCAAGGGCUAGGAAGCAGGCUUAUACUAAUGAGCUUGAGAACAAGGUUUCACGAUUGGAAGAGGAGAACAAAAGGCUUAAGAAGCAGAAGGAAUUGGACAAGGUACUACAUUAUGUACCCCCUCCAGAACCAAAAUACAGGCUUCGUAGAACAAGCUCGGCCCUCUUCUAGCUUUAUGAUAAUACCAAUGUGGUGCAGAUUUGCUUCUGGUUUCAUCCUGUUAUACCGUACUAGCGCAUGAACUGCUUCAGCUACUGAGGUUCGCUUUUGUGCUGCUUUUCUUUGUUUGUUUGUUGUUGUUUUGUUGACCGAAACUUAGUGUAAAUCCUUUUUAAUCGAUCUGCCAUACUUCUGAAAAACAAUACAUCAUUGUAUAAAAUCAUUGUCUUCCUUUUUCAUCAUAAUACUAUCCUUUUUUUAAAUAAAUAUUAUUUCAUCAUAA